CAUCACGGAGAGCGGCGGCGACGAGGCGGCGUCUCCCUCUGGGCGUCACAGCGCGGAUCCGACGGCCACGCGCACGCCAGGCUCAGCGUCUCCGGAAACCUUUUAGUCUUACGGAAGGUGCCGUGACUGUUUCAUGUGGAAGCGGAUCAUUUGUUUGCGAUAGAUACGACAGGAGCAUUCGAGAAGAAUGGGAGACACACAAUACAGUUAUGGAGGUGGAUAUGGGAGUGGAGGUAGUGGUGGAGCAGGAGGUAACUACGCAAGUUAUGGAGGUGCAUCAGGAGCUGCUCCACCACCAGCCACCUCCUACCCUCCUCAGCCACAGUAUGGUGGGUACUCAGCUCCACCUCCACAGGGAUACUCACAGGGCCAGGCCCCAUAUGCAGCACCACCAACUUAUGGUGCCCCACCUCCACAACAAGGUGGCCAAGGCGCUUCUUAUGGUGGCUAUGGACAGCCACCACCAACACAAGCCCCUACCCAACCACCCACUGGCAGUGCCGGAUACAGUAGCUAUGGCGGACAAUCACAUGGUUAUGAACAGAACAGUAAUUACAACUCUGGAAGUUAUGGACAGACACCUGCAAGCAACUAUGGUGGUCAUCAGAGUAGUACCUAUGGUAGUCAGCCUAGCGCUAACUACUCGACUCCACCAUCCCAGGGAAAUUAUGGAGGGCCACCACCACAAGGAAGCUAUGGUGGUGGGCCUCCCCCUCAGGGAAAUUAUGGGGGUGGCCCACCCUCUGGGGGAAACUUUGGGGGACAGCCAGGAUAUGGUGGUCCACCACCCUCCAAUGGAAGUUACGAGGGACAAGGUGGUGGAUACAACAAGGGUGGCGGUGGAAGCUACGGGGGUAGCCGGUUUGAUGGCGGCAGCCGUGGUGGUGAUCGGUCAAGGGGAGAGUCAGAUUUGGUAAUGCAGGAAGACACAAUCUUUGUGUCUGGAAUGCCAGAUGAUGCCUCUGAGGAUGAUGUCAAGGAUCACUUUGGUUCCAUUGGUGUAAUCAAGAUGGAUAAAAGAACUCAGCGCCCUAAGAUUUGGAUGUACAAAGACAAGGCCACAGGAAGAAUGAAAGGAGAAUGUACAGUCACAUUUGAUGAUCCAUUCACUGCCAAGUCUGCCAUUCAAUGGUUUGACGGCAAAGAAUUCAUGGGCCGUGUUGUUAAGGUACAAAUGGCAGAACGCCCAAAAAGUAGCUAUGAGCGAGGACGUGGGGGCUAUGGAGGUGGCGAUGACCGUGGGGGACGCGGGCGUGGAGGUGACCGUGGAUUUGACCGGCGUGGAGGAUCAAUGGGUGGACCUGGGCGAGAUGGGCCUCCUGGGGGCGGACGUGGUCGUGCGGGCGACUGGAAGUGCCCUGUGCCAAGCUGUGGUAACAAUAAUUUUGCAUGGAGAAACAGCUGCAACCGCUGCAAUGAACCAAAGCCUGCAGGAGUUGGUGGUGAUGAUGAUGGUGGUGGAGGUGGUGGCGGAUUCCGUGGUGGAUUCCGGGGCCGUGGAGACCGUGGAGGUUUCAGAGGCAGGGGAGGAGACCGUGGAAGAGGUGGAUUCAGAGGUCGUGGAGGCUAUGGUGGAGACAGGGAUGGAGACAGAGAUUCUGGUGGACCAAUGAAAGGAGACCGUGGCCCUGGAAGGUCCAGACCUUAUUAAGAGGCUGUAGGGUAGAGAGAAGCAACUGCCUGAAUGGCAAAAGUGUAUUUAUAUGCAACUUGUGUGUUCAUAUAAAUUGAAUUAUUUCAGUCCCAUUGUCAUUAAUUCAGAAAAAAAACUGAAUGAAAAUAUUAAUUGUAUUUUGAUUACUCUUUGUAUUUAUUUUAUGUAAGGAUGUCAAGCUCAGCAAACCUUGUUCAGAGACUUUGGAAUAAAGCUGCUGAAAUGUAAGCUAUUUUGAGUAAAUUUAUAAUUGUUAAAAUGUCAGAAGCAAAAUGUCAUGUUUAACAGACCUAAUAAGAAGUAUGAACUAGAUUUUUAUUUUAUUUUAUUUUAUUUUAAAUUGAACUUAUAAAGGUUAAGGUACAAAUAGAUGUUUGAAACAUAUUUUGACAAGGCAUUAGAGGUUAGGGAGACUCUUUGUAUCAGUGUGUACUCCUGCCUCUUAUGAAGUAAUUAAAACGCCUUUUAGUAGUGUAAUGGUGGAUGACCACUUCAGAAUUCAUUUUGUGUAACAAUAAAAUUCCAUUGAAUCCA